UUCUUAGUGCCAACUCUGCCUCAGCCAGCGACACCACGGAGCGGAGCAACUAUCUCGCCCCUCACUAAUCACCCACGAUGUCUUUCACGUUCAAGUAUACGUCAGUAUUAAUUAAAGUGGACUUCAUCGCCGAGAGAGGUCACUGAAGGGGCCGUCGACGUAUGUUAAAGGUGAACCUAACACGCUGGAUACACCAUCAGAGGGACGUCGUUGUUUAAAGGGAAGGUUCACGAUGAAGAACAUCGAAAUAUUCUGAAGCCAUCGAUGUAUGCAAAAACGAGUGGCAGUAGUGAAAGGGACUUAUUCAAAGUUAGGACUACCAUCUGUAUAACUAAAAGUUGAGAAAAAUGCAAACUAGAAAACUAUAUAGUUGCAGAUAUAUGAAAGUGUUUAUAUAACAAAGUGUGAGCUGAUACGGCAAAUUACGACGAGUGACUGCAACUGGAAAUCUGUACAGUAAAGCCACCUGCCGAGGGAGGAGGUAGCCCCCACAGUGACCAAUGAAGGUGAGUGUGGGGCGUGGGCCAAGCACCCCCAAGGGGAAGGCCGCCCCCGCUCACAGCCACGUGCUGGACCCACACUCCUGCCCCAUCACCACCACCAACACCACCAGGUAGCCGUCUUUCUCUGCUCUUGCUAGUACUGGCACCUUUCUCUUCUGCUACUCCGACUGUUGCUGUUGACCUCCAUUGCUGCCAGCCACUUCACAGCUAAACAAGAUGGCACCGCGUCGGCAGCCUCGAUCACUUUACCAGCAGUGUGUGAGUCACCUCUCCCACUUCCUGGAUGGCUUAUGUGCUACUCACAUCCACGCCCCUGAUCACCCGGAGCUCAUAGCCGUGGCCUCCUACUUCGAUUCCCUCCUUCCUAUGCCCCUCCAAGCCUCCGUAGGUGAGGCUCUACUGGCCAUCAGUGAGAGGCUUCAGAUUACUCCGUCACCAUCGCACGUGCGGCUCCUCCUGCGACUGCGGGUGCGUCGUCUCUCCACCAGCGGCUCUGUUGUCCAGUCGGGUGUACUGGAGACCGCUGAUGGAAGCUGUCUGGAAAAUCUGUCUCUUUUCUACGGCGGGUGCGGCGACAGAGCCACCAAACUAUACACCUUCCUUCACACCGCCACCAACCUCACCUACCUCAGCUGCACCGAUUUCUGCAACAACCACAUGAUCGACAUCGUGGCUAGGACAUGCGAGCAUCUUUAUUGCAUCGACCUGCGAGGCUGCUACGACGUCAACGACGACGGCGUCUUGCGUUUAUGCGGACUUCAAGACGGACUUAGGGCUAACAUCGAAGUGCUUAGCAAAGGAGGGAUCCUGGAGCCUGUCUCGCGCUGCGCUCGAUCUCUCAAAGAGAUAAAGUUCUCCAUGACAAAAGUAACCGAGGCAGGUGUGGCUGUCAUCUUGCUUGUCUUCACCAACAUAGAGAUUCUUCGUGUACCAGACAUCAAGAUGGAAAAGGUGUUUAACUUCCUUCAAACUCUCGACCACAAAAAUGUUCAGUGUAACUUAAAAGAAUUCCAUUCCCGUGAAAUCCUAAAUGAAUUCCAAUUAACUGUGUUGGCUAGUCUCUGCCCCAACCUGGAAUAUAUCCAAGUCUCCUUCAUUGGUAACUCCGAGAUGGACUUAUCACGGUUGCAGCAGCUUGCGCGUCUCCAGAAGUUGAAGAGAGCUAAAUUUGCAGAUGUAAACUGCGACGCACUGGUGUGGUUCCUGCAACAGGUGGGCAACAGAAUGACGCACCUCUUCCUGUACACUUACCACACACGCUUCUCUCAACAGAAGCUGAGCAUCACUCGCAAUCAUUUGCAGUGUCUCGCUAAGUUCUGUCCUUGUCUUGAGAGCCUUUGCCUGGAUGGUUACUUGCUAGGGGAAGAUAUCCCGUACCGCCUGGCACCAGAAAACAUGCAAUACUUUGAGGCCCUGCGCUCCUUGCAAGUCGCCUCCAUGAAGCUCUCCGAAGACGACCUUAAUGUGUUCUUGAAAAAAUGCCAGAACAUGAGGAUACUUGAACUGGUGCUGCAGAACCCCCACGUCCUCUAUGACCGACUCAUCUGCGAACUUCUUGACGCCGGCGUGUGGCAGAACCUGAUCAAGAUCAGAGUACUGAACUCCCCACUCACAAGCAAGGUCAUGAACAGGCUGGUGAGAGAGUGUCCUCUGCUGCAGGAGGUCGGCUGCCUCUACACCUGGCUAGUAUCCAAAGAACAAGUUUCUGAAUUCAAAGAAAGCAUCAAGCAUCAGAAUUUUGACAUAGAAAUAUACUGAGGACUAUUUAUGUUUUUUUCUUAUUUAUUGUUAAAUGCACAUAAGACAAAUGUGUGUUUCUGUCACUUAACAGAGCCCGUUGUCCCGGUCACCUGUGGGCCUUAUUUUGUCUUUGGGACAUGUUUGUGAACGCAGCGAACGCAGUUGGCUCUGUAAAAUGUUGCGACAUAUCUGAGCUGUGUGGAGAUACUGAGCCUGACACCCACCCACAAACUCGCAGGAUCUGUGUCCAGUGGAAUGUAUUCUUUUUGCUCCAUGGUGGGCACUAAAAUAGUAUGCCAUUAUGCCUGAAAGCGACACGUAAUGCACUCUUCAUUAACUUUUGAGAACAAAUUACUGUUUUUGAACUAACAGACAUACAAUAGUGACCUGAUAAAUGCUUUAAUAUUUACUCAAGAGAAUGUUAUAUAUCUGUAUAUUUUAUACUUUCGUUUUUCCUUGCGACCUGGUUCUGCAAGAUCCCACAUUCUUACAUGAAACUAAAUCCUUCAUAUUUUGCUAUGUUCCCGACUUCAGUAUUUAGAGGAUUGCCAGAUUUUAAUUGGUGGUGUGCCAAGCUUGCCAGCUCACUUUCCCAUCCUAAACAGCCUGACGGGAAGAGGCUGCCACCUUCUCCUAUCCUACACAGUCUGCAAGUGGUACCACAGUAGGGAGGCAGCUCACCUUGCCCCAUCUAACGCAGCCUGCAGGUGGCACCACAGCAAGCAGGAUGCAGCUGUUCAUGUUGGCGCUCAUUACAACAAUGAUCGCUUUCUUGGAAGUUUUAAAGAUAAUGGGAAAUUUAGGAUGCCUUGCCGAGUUUCAUUUUAUUUUUGUUGGCAGCUGCGGUGAUGUCAGUGGCCUCGUUGUCUCGUUCUCACGCCACAUGGACAAAAGUGAUAUCGAACUUGUGAUUGCAGUACAGAACGUAUAUUAUUACAAUUUACAAGAACAAUAAUUAGUAUAAAUCAAAACAAAUUAGAACCUGAUGGACAGUAUCUGCUUUUCAUUAGCAGCAAACACAAUACUUGUGUUAUAUUGUUGUUUGAUAAUCACUUCAAAAUAGUGUUGGCACCUGAAGUUUGCUGUAGCUUCUUAAACAAACAAUUUAAAAGACAUUUUAAUGGAAAUGUUGCAAAAGAUGAAGAGUAAUGAGCUUAAAUUAUGAAUCUCAUUGAGCAGUGUUCGAGAAGACGAAUCAGUGGAAGUGUUUUUACAGAAUAUUUAUCAUUAUGAUAAAUAAAAUGUUGUUCUGCCUUAACAAUAUAUAUGUUGCAGGUUUACUGGUGAUCAGACUGCUGAUGGUUUACUGGUGAUCAGACUGCUGAUGGUUUACUGGUGAUCAGACUGCUGAUGGUUUACUGGCGAUCAGACUGCUGAUGGUUUACUGGCGAUCAGACUGCUGAUGGUUUACUGGCGAUCAGACUGCUGAUGGUGUACUGGUGAUCAGAGACUGCUGAUGGUUUACUGGCGAUCAGACUGCUGAUGGUUUACUUGUGAUCAGACUGCUGAUGGUUUACUUGUGAUCAGAGACUGCUGAUGGUUUACUGGCGAUCAGACUGCUGAUGGUUUACUGGCGAUCAGACUGCUGAUGGUUUACUGGCGAUCAGACUGCUGAUGGUUUACUUGUGAUCAGACUGCUGAUGGUUUACUUGUGAUCAGAGACUGCUGAUGGUUUACUGGUGAUCAGAGACUCCUGAUGGUUUACUGGCGAUCAGACUGCUGAUGGUUUACUUGUGAUCAGACUGCUGAUGGUUUACUUGUGAUCAGAGACUGCUGAUGGUUUACUGGUGAUCAGACUGCUGAUGGUUUACUUGUGAUCAGACUGCUGAUGGUUUACUGGUGAUC